AUGCAAGGCCCCCAAAAAAGGGUGGCCGAGGAUGAUAGACACAAAAAAGCUUUAGAAAGAACCGUAGAGAAUGACCAAGUCUCUCAAUGGAUAGAGUCUACCUUUGAAUUGUUUGUAAAAGCAGAUACACAUUCUCUUAUUUGCUAUUUGUUUAGUUCGCCAACAAAGGAGGCAAAGAUAAGGGACAAGCUUGCAUUUCAACUGUCGAAAGGCUCAAAAAAGUGGACUCACUCGGACCUCAAAUCAAUACAAACUAGAAUUGACGAUCUCCAUUCAAUUAAAAAUAUUAACGAACCGGAAGAGCUCGAGUCACUUCGUAUUACAUCUUCAGAUGAAGAAGAAGAAGAAGAAGAAGAUGACGACACUGGUGCCAAUAAUCACAACAUUAAUAAUCGUCGCCAUAAUAAUAAUAAUAAUAAUAAUAAUAACAGCAAUAAUAACAACAAUAAUAAUAGUUUCGAUUAUUAUACAUCCCAAUCGAGCGGUCGGAGUUUUUCCAUGUCCGGAAUGGAACCAUCGGUCGGUCCAAACAUCUUUAUCAAACAACAACCAGUGUCUGCUGCUGACGAUACACCAUCCCCAGAAGCCAAGACUCCUCCAGAUGCCAAUACAUCAUCUCAUUAG